AUGAGUAAACCAAACCUAAAACUUAAACUAAAAUCUAAAAGAGCCAAUAGAUUCACAACUUUAAGCUCUAAGAAACAAGUAAUAAAGAGAAACCCUAUCAAAAAGAAGGAAGAGUUCUACAUUAAAACUUUCGAUGAGUUUAAAACAAAGGAUGAUGACAUGUUUAAUGAGUUAAUUGCAAUAGUCGGCUCUAAAGCUACAAAAGCUUUUAAGAAAGACAUAAAAGAAAGAUCUUCUUCACAAACUAGUGCUAAGAAGCACAACUUAAGAUAUCAAAGAGAUGAAAAAGUAGAUUCCAAAUUUGGAACACCUGAUUGUAUUGGAGAAGACUCUAAAAGAGGAAGCUCAGUGCCUGCAAAGUCUAAGGAAAAUCUUAUCAAACUCCUGAACGAAGAAAAAUUAGUCUCUCUAGAGCAAGCUAAAGAAGAAAAGAAGGAGAGAAAAAGAAGCCUUAUUGUAAUUAGUGAGAGGUUUUUGAACACUAAAGGAUCAAAGCCAUUCAUCCCUGAAAACAAGAUCACCAAUGGAGUCUAUAAGAAGGUUUCUGAAAUUUCCACUGAUUGCAAAUCAGUGCAUAGAGGGUGAAACCCUUACGAUGAUCAAUGUUUUACCAAAAAGAGAUGUAGGAGCAGCAACCCAACAAAUCACAGUAACUUCUUAGACAAUUUGGACGACAUGACUCCUCAAAAGCUAGACUUCACCAAGAGUCCAAGUACCAUUAAAUCAAACUCUAAUAGUAAAGCUACUCCUGCAAAGAGGAGUAAGAGCACUUUAAAGAUAAAGAUUUCGCAAUCUCCAGUAACUUAUCGGAAUGGGAAGUGAAAUACUCCCACGAUUGUGAUCCCAAGAAGAAAGCUUAGUGCUGAGAGAAAGUCAAAAGGAAAUAGCAAGGGACUCUGCCCAAAGCUAAAGAUCAAGAGAAAGAACUCUAGUGUUGAGAAGCUCUACAGGAUAGCUCAAACAGAGAAGAAACCUAAGCAGAAUAAUAGUCAGCUGAAAAGAUAUCAACCUCUGACUUCCGUUUGCCAGAGGCAUUCUGCUGCAAAAGAGUCUGCCAAGAACUUAUAUGCUAGAGAUGUAAGCAAGAGAGAAAAAGAGUUCAUUAAGAACCCAGAAAUCCAGUUCUAUGACAGAAGCAAGGAAAUUAUUGCUGAAGAAGAGAAGCAUUCCCAGAAAGAAAUAGAGCCUAUAAAUGUGUGUUUCGGAGGUAUCUCCCAAUCUACCCAGAGAGAGUUUAUGAAUAUGAUCAAUGGAAAAGAAAAAGAUUCGGCUCAUUCUAGAAACGAAAAUUCAAAUGUCCUUCAGAAUGAAAACAAAGAGAAUCAGAUAUCCAAUAAUAGUUCAACUAUUAGAUAUGGUUCACCGAACAAGAAACACCACGAGCUGAGAAGCACAAGGAGAAGAAAGAGAGAGGAGUACUCACUCAGAACUCCAGAGGAUAUUGACAAUGUGAUAGAUGUUAAGAAUCUUCCAUCUUGUGCUCAAAAAUUACAAUUUUAAGCAU